GAGGAAGAAAAAGAAGGUGAUGAUGGCACGGCAUGGCAUAUCUGCCUGUCUUUCCCAAAAAGCUAACACAGUAUAGCAUACCCCCAUGAUCCUUGUCCUCUGACCACACCUGACUCCCUCUCCCUCUCCCUCUCUCCUCUUUUUUCAUUUCCAUUAUUCCCUUUUUCAUUUAAACCAUUACACACUUUCUUUCUUUCUUCCCCUCACUUCUCUCUCUCUCUCUCUCUCUGUGUAAGUUGAUACAAAAAAAAAAAACAUGAAGAAGCUGGAGAUGGAGCUGAUGGAGCCGCAACUCCAACCACAAGUGGAAGAAAAAGAAGAAGAAGAAGCAGGAACAGCUGCAUUUCCAAGAAAAGCCAGAUCAAAGGGGGGUCUUGUCACCAUGCCAUUCGUCAUAGCGAAUGAGGCAUUGGAGAAGGUGUCAAGCUAUGGGCUUGCGCCCAACAUGAUUCUGUAUUUGAUGAAAAACUAUGGAAUGGGUGUGACCAAAGGCCAAAAUUUGCUCUUCUUCUGGUCCGCCGCCACCAAUUUCUUGCCUUUGCUUGGGGCUUUUCUUGCCGAUUCAUAUCUGGGUCGUUUCCUCACCAUUGCUAUCGGCUCUGUGUUUAGCUUCCUGGGAAUGGUUGUUUUGUGGUUAACUGCAAUGAUUAGGCAGUUAAGGCCUCCAGCAUGCACUCAAUUAGGCCAGCCCUGCAAAACUGCUUCACCAGCACAAUACUUUGUGCUGAUAUCCUCAUUUGUGCUCAUGUCGAUUGGCGCGGGUGGGAUAAGACCAUGUUCUCUAGCAUUUGGGGCAGACCAGUUGGACAAGAAAGAUAAUCCUCAGAAUCAGAGGGUACUAGAGAGUUUCUUUGGUUGGUACUAUGCUUCGGCUGCUAUUUCGGUUGUAAUUGCCCUGACUGGCAUUGUCUACAUUCAAGAUCACUUGGGUUGGAAAGUCGGGUUUGGAGUUCCAGCAAUCCUCAUGUUGGUCUCGGUCGUUCUCUUCAUUGUUGCCUCCCCGUUGUAUGUGAAGCGAAAAAGCGGUAGGAAUUUGUUCGGUAGCUUUGCUCGUGUGCUGGUGGCUGCUUACAAGAAUAGGAAGCUCUCUUACCCAUCUAAGGUUUCUGAUUAUCAUUGUGACAAAGGUUCAGAAUAUAUAGUGCCUAGUGACAAAUUAAGGUUCUUAAACAAAGCGUGCAUCAUCAAGAACCCUGAAGACGUGAAGCCAGAUGGCGUUCCAACGAAUCCCUGGGGUCUAUGCACAGUCGAGCAGGUUGAGGAGCUAAAAGCUCUGAUUAGAGUGAUCCCGUUGUGGUCUACUGGGAUCAUGAUAUCCAUAAACAUAAGCCAGAGUUCGUUCCCUUUACUUCAAGCGAGUUCGAUGAACAGACAUGUCACUAAAAGCUUUCAAAUCCCAGCAGGAUCUUUUGGCAUGUUUACAAUCAUAUCCCUAACAAUAUGGGUAGUCCUCUAUGAUCGCGUGAUCCUUCCAUUGGCCUCAAAGAUCAGAGGAAAACAGGUUCGUCUCAGCACCAAAUCAAGAAUGGGAAUUGGGAUUUUCCUGUCUUCCUUGGGAAUGCUAACCUCGGGGAUCGUGGAGCAUGUUCGACGAGGAAAAGCAAUCCAGCAAGGGUUCUUGAACAACCCUCAAGCCGUGGUGGAGAUGUCAGCAAUGUGGCUCGUGCCACAACACUGCCUGAACGGAUUUGCUGAGGCUUUUAACGCGAUAGGGCAAACUGAAUUCUACUACUCCGAGCUCCCAAAAAGCAUGUCCAGCAUUGCCUCGUCUCUGUUCGGGCUGGGGAUGGCGGUGGCAAACCUGUUGGCGAGUGUGAUUCUGAGCACGGUGGAUCGUUCCACGGGAGGAGGAGAAGGGAAAGAGAGCUGGGUUUCGAGCAACAUAAACAAGGGUCACUAUGAGUAUUACUACUGGCUUCUGGCUAUCUUAACGACGAUUAAUCUGCUCUAUUUUUUUGCUUGUAGUUGGCUUUAUGGACCUUGUGUUCAAAACUUCAGUAGCAAUGAAAAGAUUGAGGGUGAUAAUAAUGCACCCAAGGAAAGGCUUUCAGGACCAGGAACACCAUUGAGAGUAAUGGGCUAGUGUAGUAGAUAUAGUUGUAUUAUAAGGAUAUAUAUAAUGUGAUUUUGAUUAUUAAAUUUUACUGUUAUUUGCAAGUGUUGUUGGUUGUCCAA